CCUCACCCAAUGAUGGAAACGAUAAGAUAAGGCAACUUCAACACACAGUGCCAACUUCUUCUCAAUUCCCAUCACCAUGGAAGCGACAGCCGCUCUAACCAGCUUCACUCUUCCAUCCACCAAAACCCAAACUUUUCAACUCCUAAACAGACCCAUUAACCCAUUCAACGUUCCCUCCUCGCGAAAACCAAUACCCACCUUCAAAACCGGCCACUUCCCUUCAAUCCACGCCGCAAUUUCACGCACGAAGAAGGAAGAAACAGUGGACAGUGUGAGAAAGCAAUUGGAGAAUUGCUACCUACUAGCUGGCAUAAACUACAAAGGGUUCACUGUGAAGCAGUUUCAGGAGCUUCGGAAGACUCUACCUGACACGACGAAGCUUAUAGUGGCGAAGAACACGCUGGUUUUCAAGGCUUUGGAGGGAACGGAAUGGGAAACACUGAAGCCUUGCAUGAAGGGAAUGAAUGUGUGGCUUUUCGUUCACUCCGAGGAGAUACCUGCGGCUAUUAAACCCUAUAGAGACUUCCAGAAGGAGAAGAAACUCGAAGACAAUGAUUUCACUGGUGCGGUUUUUGAGGGUAAGUUUUAUGGUCCUGAUGAGUUCAAGAAACUCGAAACCUUGCCCACACGUGCUGAGAUUUAUGCUACCUUGUUGGGGUCUUUGAAAACCCCUGCUUCUGCUCUUGUAAGCACUCUUCAAGCUCCUGCUAGAGAACUUGUUAUGGUUCUUAAGGCACACAUUAAGAAUCUUGAGGAGCAAGGUGUUGCUCAAUAGCUGAUUGUUAUUGUAAGUGUUAAUGUUGCUUUGAUUUUGAUUUAAUAUGUCUGUGUUUUUUUUUAAUUUUAAUUUGAGUUUUUGUUCUCCUGUUUAUGUAAUUGUAGAU